ACGUCGCCGCUGAAACAGCUGUUAUAACCUAUUUUCCCAAUCGUUCCGAUCGUAGUGAAGGAGACACAGUUUUUGAGAUUUGAUUUAACAAAAUGCAGGAACAGGAUAUCCCGAUCGACAUUAAUGCUGGAAAGUUAUUGGACUGGCUGAUUAAUCGGAGGCACUGCAAGAAGGAUUGGCAUACGAACAUUUUGACCAUCAGGCAGAAAAUUAAUAAUGCGAUACAGAAUAUGCCUGCUCAUGAUGGCAUUGCCUCAUUGUUGUCCGGCGCAUAUAUAAAUUACUUUUACUGCGUGAAAAUCGUAGAAAUCUUGAAGGAGACGGAAGCCGACACGAAAAAUUUAUUCGGGCGUUACGGCUCGCAAAGGAUGAAAGAUUGGCAGGAGAUUUUGCGAUUGUACGAAAAGGAUAAUGUAUAUCUCGCCGAAGCCGCCCAAAUGCUCAUGAGAAAUGUCAAUUACGAAGUUCCCAGUAUCAAGAAGCAGAUACAGAAGCUGGAGCAAUCGUUAAUUGAAUUGGAGAAGAAAGAAGCAGAACAUAAAAAAUCUGAAAAUAUUGCACAUACAGAGUACAACGCGCUAUGCAAACAGUUAGGUAUAACUGGUUAUAGUACAGUCAGACGCGAGUUAAUGGACAAGGUGAAAGAAUUGCCAGAAAUUUAUCAGAAGGUGGCAGAGAAGACGAAGAGCUUGGACAAGGUUGUGGAGUUUUACAGUGCAUUUGUCGAAUUUACCUUCGGCCAGCAAUACGACAGUGAUUGCGUGUCGAUGAUUAAAUAUGUCAUUGACAAAGGAAACACAACGAUGUUUGAAUAUACUUACGGAGAAGUACCGGUGUCGAUAAUUGAGCCGUCGUUAAAUAUUAAAGCGGAUGAAGAUGAAAGUAAUGGGAGGCCUAGUAUGGACGCCAAUGCCAUUGAUUUCGGCAACUUGGAUCUGGAUGGAGAGAUUGAUUUUGGCGAAGAAGUUAGUUUAGACGUAGGAGGCGAUAUCGAUUGGGGAGACGAGAGCGCGGAGCAACCUACCGCGGGGGAAGCAGAUUGUAAUGUCUCUUUAGAGGAGUCGGGUAUAGUUGUGGAAGCAGAUGGUCACGAAGGUGGCGUGGCUAAGGGGUCUGAAGCUUAUACGAUAUUAGACAAUCCGACAACGAGAUCGGAAUUUAUCAACCAGUUGUUUGAGUUGGAGGCAUUUAUGAAGUUACGUCUGUACGAAUUCAAAGGCGACGACAGGAACAAUCUUCUCAGCUUCAGUCAGAUGCAGGAUGCCUCACCUAUUCUGCAACUUUCCACCAUAGAGACCACUCAGAACAUGCUGGAUAACGUUCAAGUUAUUCUCUCCGAGAUGUUGCAUAACAAUGUUCAGCAUUUACAUAAUAUCAAACAUUAUUCAAGAUACGUGGACAUAGUGGCUACUACUUUAAAACAAAAAAUAAAUCAGAUCGAUCGAAUGGUAGCCCAACAAGAAUCCGUGCGACAGAAGCAAGAUGACACGCAGAAUCAAAUUGAUAAAUUACGUCCGCUGUUGAAACUCAUCAUACAAAGGACUAAGGAAUUACAAGCAGAGAUAGAGCAAGAUAUUUCCAGGAAAUACAAGAAUAGGACGGUAUAUUUAACCGGAGGUGUAAGUACGUUGUAAGUUUCAGACAAUGGAGAAAAAAAAUUGUUGACUUAUGUGUUAAAUGUAAAUAAUAUCUACAUUAACAUAAUAUGAUUUCGCAUUUACGAUUGUAAAAUAUAUACACAAUAUAAUUUUUUUACUGUUA